AUGAGUGCCGGCGACGAGAGGGCAGCGGCGACAUCUACGGAGGCGACAGACAGCAGCGUCCAGCAAAGAAGCAUGGCUCUAAUUGGGCAAGUAGAACCCUUUGAUGAGUCUGCGUCAGAUUGGCCUUCCUAUGAAGAGCGACUGAAGUCGUUUUUGCGCGUUAAUCGCAUCCCAGAGAGCGAUCGCGUCGAUGCUUUUCUGAGCAUAGUAGGAGGCAUGACAUUCAAGCUUUUGAAAAAUUUGGCGUCUCCUGAAUUGCCUGCAACAAAGUCGCUAGACGACCUGUUAAAGUUGCUUCGCGAUCAUCUUUCGCCGACACCAUCCGUAAUUGCAGAACGUGCAAAGUUUCACAGCAGAGCUCAGCAUGACAGCGAGCCCAUUGCGGACUUCGUAGCCGAACUCAAGAGAUUGGCAGAGACAUGUAAUUUCGGAACUGUUCUCGAUGAGAUGCUGAGAGACAGAUUUGUAACAGGCCUUUUACGACUCGACAUUCAGAAGUCGUUGUUCACGGAACCUGAAACGAUUUCGUUUAAAAAGGCGGUUGAGAAGGCGAUGUCGUUGGAAAGAGCUACAAGGAAUGCGGCAGAAUGUCACUCAAAGAAAUGUGAUGUGAAGUAUCAACCUGAUAGCACCCUUCAGAACAUCAGUGUUGAGAAGAAAGUUUUUGAAGCGAAAUGUCAUCGGUGCGGGUCCGAUAAGCACCCCUCCAAGAAAUGUCCUUUCCAUAGCGCGACCUGCUUCAAGUGCAAAAGGACAGGGCACAUAGCUUCGGUUUGCCAGUCGGGCAGGAAGUCGGGCAUGAACUCGAGACUGAAAGGGCGAGCGAAGCGUACGUUGCAACGCAUGGCGUCAGAACAACACUCGAGUGAGGUGUUGAAAACGCUCGGUACUCGAGUUGGUGAACGUCCCAUCAUUUUCACUAUGGUAGUCGAAAACAUUCCAUUACGCAUGGAACUAGAUACGGGAGCAGCCGUGUCGGUAAUCUCGUUGAAUGACUAUAGGUCAUUAUUUUCAAGUAAGGCAUUACUGCCUACGUCACUGACUCUAAGGACGUACACAGGAGAAGCGGUAAAGCCUUGCGGAGUCGUGAAAGUUAAAGUUAGUCACAAUGGUUGUGAAGACGACCUUUCUUUGUACGCAUUGAAACAAAAUGGUACUCCUCUCAUCGGAAGAGAAUGGUUGCGAAGUAUUCAGCUGGACUGGCAAAGUUUGAACACCGUCCGUGUUGGUGGGAAAGAAAGCGUCGUUCAUUUACUGGACAAGUUUGAAGACGUUUUUUCGAAGGCACUGGGCCAAAUUUCGGACGUAGAGGCUACACUGGUCCUCAAGGAGGGAGCAACCCCACGUUUCGUCAAAGCACGUAGCCUUCCGUUGGCAUUAAGGCCAGCAGUUGAACAAGAAAUUGGCAAGCUGGUAGAAAUGGGGGUAUGGACACCAGUUACCAACAGUGAGUACGCCACUCCCAUUGUUCCUGUUGUAAAAAAAGACGGAUCAGUACGCCUGUGUGGCGACUACAAAGUCACGUUAAAUCCAUACCUGAGUGUGGAAAACUACCCGUUACCAAAGGUAGACGAAAUGCUCAGUGCUCUGGCUGGAGGAAAACUGUUUUCUAAGAUUGACUUAAGCCGAGCGUACCUACAGGUACUGAUGAGCGCUGCGUCCAGGAAGUAUUUAACCGUGAAUACGCACAAAGGACUGUUUGAAGUCAAUCGCCUGCCGUUCGGAGUUGCUUCGGCCCCGGCGUUAUUUCAACGCAUCAUGGACACCAUGUUGAAAGGCUUAGAUGGAGUGGUUUGCUACCUAGAUGAUAUCCUGGUAACCGGACGGACAGAAGCCGAACACAUGGCGAAUUUAGAAAGCGUGUUGAAAUGUUUGAGCUCAAGAGGAGUGCGUGUCAAGAAAGAGAAGUGCGAAUUUUUGAAGUCAGAACUGCAGUUCCUAGGACAUGUAAUCGGGAUGAAUGGCAUUUCCACGGCACCAGAGAAGGUGCAAGCGAUUCUUGAAGCGCCAGCUCCCAGUGACAGGAAGCAACUUCGCUCAUUUUUGGGCAUGGUCACCUACUAUGCCAAGUUCCUGUCUAAGCUAUCUUCGAUUGCGUACCCAUUAAAUCGACUUCUCAGCGAGAAAGUAAAGUGGACGUGGUCAUCAGAAUCUCAACGCGCAUUCGAGGCCCUCAAGAAGGCUAUGGCAUCUGCGCCGGUGCUUCAGCACUACGAUCCUAGUUUGCCGCUUCAAGUGUCUGCUGACGCCUCACCGUACGGCGUUGGAGCAGUAUUAGCGCACGUGGAUAGUGAUGGGACUGCGAAGCCAAUAGCGUAUGCUUCAAGAACUCUGACAGAAAGCGAGAGGAACUAUAGCCAAAUUGAGCGCGAAGCGUUGGCUUUAGUCUUUGCAGUGAAGCGUUUUCACUGCUACAUUUACGGGAGAAGCUUUUGUCUGGUCACGGACCAUAAACCACUAGUGACGAUCUUUGGUCCAAAGACAGGGAUUCCGCCCAUUGCAGCGGCGCGUCUACAGAGGUGGGCAAUAACGUUAUCUGCCUACACUUACACGCUCAGCUACCGAGCAGGGGAGCAGAACUACGAAGCAGACUGUCUGUCCCGCCUUCCAGUGAAGAAUGAUGGAAGCAAGGUGACGGAUGUUGUGAGCGAAUUUUAUUCCAUUCGCUUGGAUACUUUUCCCGUACAGAGCUCAGAUAUAGCUCGAGAGACAGCUCGUGACGACGUAUUAGCACGGGUUACACACUACGUCCUGAAAGGUUGGCCACGCAAGGCCACUGAUGGUGACCUCAAACCAUACUACGUGAGGAAGCUGGAGCUGACAUACUUCAGGGGUUGUCUUAUGUGGGGGAUACGAGUAGUGGUUCCUCACAAACUGAAGAAGGAAGUACUCCAGGAAAUACACGAAGGGCAUCCUGGCGUAGUUCGAAUGAAAGAGACAGCACGAAGUUAUGUAUGGUGGCCAUCGGUAGACUGCGAUAUCGAAGACUUGGUAUCUUCUUGUGAAGACUGCCAACAACAACGGAGCGUCAGCACCGUCGCGCCACUGCACCCCUGGGCUUGGCCGACGAAGCCGUGGCAACGCAUCCACCUAGAUUUUCUGGGACCAUUUCAAAGAACUAACUACCUGGUUGCGGUAGAUGCCCAUUCGAAGUGGCCCGAAGUGUUCGAGAUGAAGUCCACAACUUCAGAGGCGACAAUACGAAACGUGCGUGAACUGUUCGCAAGAUUCGGGAUGCCAGAAACGAUAGUCACGGAUAAUGGCCCCCAGUUUUGCUCCCGAGAGUUUGAGGCAUUCCUCAAAAUAAAUGGGGUGAAGCACGUCAGGUGUGCUCCUUAUCAUCCGUCGAGCAACGGUUUGGCGGAGAGGUUUGUGCGCACUGUAAAGGAAGCGUUGCGCAAAGACAUGCAUCGACCGGCCGACAUUCGACUGGCUAGUUUCCUACUAAGCUACAGGAACACAGCACACGCCACGACGCAGCAGUCACCUGCGCAGCUUUUGUUGAACAGAAAUCUUCGAACGCGGCUAGAUUGCCUCAAACCGUCAACUGAAGACGUCGUCCGACGAAAGCAAUUCACGCAAAUGCUGGGAAGACGUUCACAGGAACGUUUCUUUGCAACUGGAGAGCAUGUGUAUGUAAGGAAUUUCCGAAAUGGACCACGUUGGUUACCAGCAACUGUGCUGGAGAAGACAGGACCUGUUACAUACCGCGUACACAUCAGUACAGAUAGGGGACCAUUCGUCUGGAAGAGACACCAGGAUCACCUGCGACGCAGAACUUUGACGGUCAGCGGGGGUGUGUCAGUGUCAUCAGUCCCGGAGCUUUUGACAUCGGAGAAUGACGCACAGGAAUGUACUUCGUCCCAUCAGCCACUGGUCAGCACAUCACCUGCCAGGGCAGCAGCGGCACUGACAGAGGAGCCUGUUGGGUCACCUUCAGCAAUCAAUGGGGCUCAGGUUCGAAGGUACCCUACACGUGUGCGACAUCCACCAGAACGUUUCCAAAGUACAUAG